UAAAUAAAAAAGGAGGUCUGUUUACUAUAUGUUUUACGGGAUCUAGAGGAGCAAGGAAAUGUCUCCAGAGGUGUGUACUGCGCAGAUUCGCUUCACACAGCUCACACAACACAUCUCUCAUUAAUGUAGCCCGUGUAAUUAAUGUAAAAUCACUUUACUGUGGAUAAAUGAUCAACUCUGGGUUUGGAGAACUGCAGAAAUGAUGCCGGAUGUCUCCGAAUAGUCCUGAGUGAGAUAUGUGCUGCGCAGAUUGGACAUUUUGAACACACCUAAAGAGGCGGGUUUAUUCAAAAUUCCACUUUGUCUAACAGACGCUUCGGGUCUGAGUAAGUUUAUUUUGUUGGUGUUGUUUUAAAGUAAUUUAAACUAUAAACAGUGGCUGGUGGCACUGAAGACGUGCUCUAGAGGGAGGGAGAAAAGUAAAUCUUUACUGUGUUGCGAAUAAAGUGGUAUUUACCACAUAGUGGUAUUUAAGUUAGCAAGCUAGCUAGUUUGGCUUGUAGUUUGCUACAGGCAUUGGAUUAUAUCAACCUGUCCGCUUCCAGCCUCGGAUACUAAAACGCAGGUCAGAUUCUUCCUUCAUGGAUACUUGGGAACUAAAUCCUCACUCAGUCUCUCCAGCAGAGAAGGUCCUGGCGAGAUGUGUAGCCUCAGGCACAAUGUCUCAGAAAGAGCUUGAUGAUGUACCACGAGGGCCAGAGAUAUUUUCCUCUCGUCUGCUUGAAAUUGAGCAACUGAAUAAAAUCAAACAAGAGAUUGACCAGGUGAGCUUGGACUUGGAGUUGCUAAGACUUGAGAAAAACAGUGCAGAUGUUACUCACAGUUAUUAUCUAAGUCAGAGAUUUGCAUCCGUGCAGCAAUUCACGUCUCAUCUUCAGGAAAUGCUGAGAGAACAGACAAGUUUGCGCCAAAGGCUUAUGAAACCUCUUUGCCAGCAGAACCUGCCUAUACAGGCUGAUCUUCAUCGAUAUGUGGUUACACUCAUGGCAAUGGUGGUUGAGUUCAUAGAGACUUUGGAAAUGAAAACGAAGAUGGUUCACUCAAUUCCAACAACUGAUGAAUCUAUGCGUAAUCUGAAUAAUGGCAUGACUCAGCUCCUGGCUCAAGUCACAGAGGUGGAGAGUCUGACGAGGCAAGUUCUUCAGCGGAGUGGCAAGCCAAAGGACAAUAUGUCCAGCUGAGAAAAUGGUAAACUGCGGCUGUCACAAUAUAAUCACAUUAAAACUGUAAUUCAGUAAUCAUUGCUUUAUUUACAAUCUGUCAGUACUCUUCAGUAGGAGCGGUAUGACCACCGUUGGCUCGUGGUUCCUUUUGAGUGUCAAGGGAACUUCUGGUAUAAAUAGUUACUGAAAUCUAAAGACAGGUAUUGGAGAAGAACAGAAAAAAACAGUAAUAUACACAGUCUCUGUAAAUAUUUUAUGUAUGAGAGGUUUACUUUUGUUCCUUAAUGCAUCAAUAAAUGACACUUCUUAUUACAAAGAUGGGCUUGUUAUGGGCCAAACUAUGAAUAGGCAUGCUUACCACCAUAAUUAAUUACAUACAUCUCAAAGAUCUUGUAAACUGAUAUAAUACCUGACUGUCUGGACCAUCUGCUGAUCAGUUCUUCGUUGAUGAGUGUGUCUGCAAUAUAAAUAAAUAUACAUGCCUAAA